CUAGUGCAGAUUGUGUACAGGGCUGUUGCUUAUGAGCGACAAGGAGGACACUAGAGAGGACGACCGGAGGAUAUUGCGAUCGGCUAGAUGCCCAAUUGCCCACUUGGCAUUAGGACCAGAGGGCGACAAAUAUCUGUUCCGCCAGCUUAGGGAGAGGCAGCAGCAGCAGAGGAGGGCUAGAGCAGCAGAGGCUAGCAGGGCACUUGUGAGUGAGGCCCCAACUUCGGAAGCCAUGGCCACUUCUGCGCAGCAGACUACUCAGGCCAGUAGUUCAGGUUCUGUCGGGUCAACGGUCGCGCAGACCCAGAGUCAGUCCGCUGGCGCAAUGGCAAGCCAGCCACUAGUGUCGACGUCCGAUGAGAUCGCCAUACAACAAGCAGCAUUGCUGGAGGCACUGUUACAGAAGGCGUUAGGAGAUAUAAAACCGGAGAAAGAGUGCAUGAUUAGAAGAAGAGGCAGGAUGCAACGGAGACAAGCGGACAUUAGGGAGUUAGAGGAGAUGGACCUGACGCACGUGACUGAUGACGUGAGGAUCGUAUGCAAGAAGGCCCUAGACCUUGAGGCGAAGAUAGGGCAUGGACAGGCGCCCACUACAGACGGAAGGAGGAAGAAACUGCCUCCUAAAUGGAAGGCGAAAGGGCGCAUUAUGUUUGUCGAUAACGAUGGUUCAACCAUCGAAUUAGAUGAUCACUUCCAGGAAGGAGUAGGUUCAGAGGCUGGCGGCGCAGAUGCUUCAGAGGGUGGAGAAGUCGCUGCUGUAACUCAGAAAGGUGCGCUAAUUACCGAGUUUGAUCUAACGGACAAUGUUACUCAGUCCUUGGUGGAAGCUUAUCGCGAGGACCAGUUCAUGUCUAAGAUCAUACGCAGACUUCAGGCGAAGGACAAAAGGACUUCUGCCGAGUUUGAGUUGAUCAAUGGCUUGCUGUUCCUUGAGAAGGCAGGGAAUAAACGAUUGUGUGUUCCUAAUAGCGAGUCUUUGCGUAGUUUAUUUUUAGCUGUACGUGGAGACUUGUCAAGUCUGUCAGAGAGACAAGCCACGUACACAGGCUCCUCUUGGGCUUUUGAAGCCGCUUCCGAUUCCGGAAAGCUUGGUGAGAGCCUGUCCAUGGAUAUCAUGGAUACGCUGAUCACCAGCAAGAAUGGAAUGCGUUACAUCUACGUCAUUGUGGAUAGGUUUAGUAAGUUUGCUAGAUUAGUAGCGAUGCCGGCAACAGCUAAAACAGAGUAUGUCGUUAAGAUGUGCAAAGAGAAUUGGGUUAGAGACUUUGGAUUACGUAAGUCCAUAGUUAGUGACACGGAUAUCAGAUUCACAAGCGAGUCGUGGAAAGUAGCAGCUGCAGAGCAAGGUAUGCAGCUGCAGAUGAGAUCGGGCAAUCAUCCUGAGGCAAACGGGCAGGCUGAACAAAUGAACCGCGCUAAUCUCAUGAUGUGUGUCUGUGUAGUCACCUGCAUUCUCUCAGUUGUCGCUGUUGCUGUGAUCAUCUGGAGAGAGCCCUUGGGAAAUCAUGAUGUCAACGGUUUCUACUUGAGACCAGCAUAUCUUGGGAGUGCUAUCGCAUCCGCUAUGGCCAUGCUUCUGUUGAUCUGGCUUCCUUGCGUGGCAUGGUUCUCAACAUAUCGUGCCUCUCCAUCAAUGAUUAUCUGCCUGGUGGGAUCCAUGGUUGACUUGAUCAUACGCCUUUUUGAAGUUGAAGAAUAGGAUAGCUGCCUUCAUCCUUUUUUCGGUGAUCUUCUUUGCUGCUUCGGUUAGUGUCAUCACGUUGUCUAAUAUAUAUCUGCCGGGAAUGAAUCCUGCUUGAUCGA